CUGCCAUCUGACUCUGCACGAGUACGUCGGACCGAUCCAUCGUCCAUCGACUGGGAAGAUCGAGCGCCACCCACGCCACCGAGUGGUCCGCAUCCGUGGCCAUGGAGGAGAGAAACUUGGUGAUGUUUCUGCUGAUCGUGAUCUUGGAAGUUUUCGUGGUCCUCUUCCUCCUUUGGAAGCUCUUCCGCUUCUGCCGCACCGUGGCACUGGCCCAGCUGAUGGAGAUCCUGCGCCAAGGCUUGUCCAAGCCAUUUGCCAAGCGGAAGGUGGACCCACGCGUGUGUGAGAAGUUCCAUCGGAUCCAAUGCAUGCUGGUGCUCAAAGGCAGUCAGGCCUUCUUGCUGGCCUUGUUUCCUCGGAUGAUCGCCAUUCAGGGCCCCAUCUAUCGCGGCGAGUCGCACAGCAUCUUCCCGGCAUUGGACCCGGCGAACAUCUUCUCCAUCUUCGUUUGUUUGCUCACGUUGCUCGGUCAAAGAUAUAUCACGCCGCAGGUCCUGGAUAUCUGGUUUUUGCUGAUGCAUUUCACCUGUGCCUGGCCACUGCUUCUGGCUGAUCCCACUGAAGUCCGCACCAUUCACUUCGUGGUGAUCCUGCCUGCCUUCCUCAUCGGACUCACCGCCAAGCACUGGCAACUCGCUGGCCUGGGGAACCUCUUCAGUGCCCUCAUUGCCGCGUACCGCAGUCCACAGCAUAGCUUCACGGACUUCUUCUCGAACCUGGCAUUGGCUUUGCUCGUCCUUGCGGUGGUCUUUGCCAUCCGGACACAGCUCUACCAGAAUGUCCGGAUGGAAAUGCGCCUGAAAAAUCGCUCCAUCGACUUGGAAGCCGUCUCGGCACUUCUCUUGGGCUUUUGUGAUGCAGUCGUCGAGAUUGACGACGAACUACGCUUGACCGAAGACUCUCGCCAGCUGUCCACCAUGCUGCUCCAAGGGCAGGGCACGCGUGCUGGCUUGGGAGGGCGAGACAUCUUGAGCUUCUUCUGCAAGGAGGAUCGCGAUCACAUCAGGCAAUCCUUCGAGAACAUCCACCGCCCUCAGAUGACCACCGCGCUCAAUGCGCGGAUGUUGGAUUCCUUGGGAAACAUGGUGCGAGUGGAGCUCCUUCACAUCCAGUUCUGCAACGUGGACGGGGAGCAGUGCCAUUUGGUGGGCAUGCGCGAGUUCCAAGACGUGGCCAGCAUCGCGCCCCUCAUGGACGAUCGGGAGAUCUCCUGGGAGAAUGCCAUCCACGAGAUCAUCCGCAAGGGCGAGACCUCGCUGGUCUUCGAUGCGCACAGCUUCGACAUCUUGGCGAUGAGCGAAGGCUUCCAGUCGCUCAGCCAAGCGAAUGGGCAAGGCGGAAGUGAGAGUUUAGUGGGCUACAGCAUUUUCGAUGUGUGCUGCGGUUCGGGACCUCAAUCCUUCAGCUGCCGCAUGCAAGACGCUGUGAAUGCGUUGGACGAUGCUGCAUCAUCUCAAGAUGUCUUCCUCCUCAGAAAGGUGGAGCUGUAUGGUCGGGAGGUGGACAUUGCCGUAAGCUUCCAGCAGGACAAAAUACUCGAGACCCUGGUCGGAAGUGUGGUGAUCACAACUGAAAUGGACUUGCGGUCGACGCGGCAUAAUUGCCAGAAACGAAUUUCCAAGAGCAGCACAGCCUCAGGCGGUCGUCGACGAAUGUCGGGCCUGCUUGGACGCACGUGCCUGUAAGACCAGGAGUCGUCGAAUGUGUUUUUCCGCUGGUGACCUGAGUCGCUGGGAGUCGCGCACAUGAAUGACUUGUAUUAAGAAGCAUCCGCCUGGUAGCAUGGCAGUCUUGUGUCACAUGGCAGGAUCAAACAGCAUCGGGUGUCACUGGUGGUCCAGAAGUGACGAAGGAAGCCUCAAGCAGCUAGGCGGCGGGCUUCAGUCCGUAAAGGCCGAAACAUAUCCACGGCUGUUGGUUUUUGCGUUGUCACUG